AUGGGUUCCUGCUUAAGGUGCAGGAUGCAACGGAUUCGAUGCGAGUUUGAUGUCCCAGGUGGAUGUUGUCUGCCUUGCAAAAAGGUGGAGAAUACAAAGGCAGCGCGCUUGCCAUGCCUCCGAUACAAGAUCACUGAUAUGACACUUUAUAAAACAGGCCAAGUUCCAGGAUAUGAGUGGACCCAAAGAUGGACCAAAGGCACUUCUGACCCUAUCCAGCUAUGGGCAUCGUCCGAGAUCAGAACUGUUUACGUUUCCGUGUGUUAUUCAACAGAGCGGCUCCCACUCAAGGUUCGCAGGUUUGUCCCGCAAGAAGGCGACAAGCUGGAGCGGACAUGGGCUUAUAGAGGUGCCAAGAAGUCGGCUAUUAUCCCGCCAUAUGCACUUGUGGAUGUAGAGGCCGGCACAUCGGCGUACACUGCCUAUAUCCGGGCUUCCAUGGAGGGCAUAUUUCGAAACAUGCUUGGCAGUACCAACGGUCUGCUGUACAAGACCUAUCUCUUGGCCUACCGCAUGUGGCAAAAGGAGGAGAGAACGUCAGAGGUAUUUGGGCUACUCAAUUGGACGCUCCGGCUAUGGGUAGCCAUUCGCCUGUCAACCACGUCGGCGUUUAUUGUCGGACAAGAAACUCUGGACAUGCCAGCAAAUAUCCUUGACGAGUCAAGCCCCGAUCACGGGAAAAUACCAUUGCCCCCAGUAAUGGGUGCACAGAUGGACAUGAUUCUCAUACAUCACAUCCAAAACAAACUUAGGCACGAGCUUUUGGAUAAUCUCCAAAAAGUAAUGCUCAGGAAUAAACCAACUAGCUGGCUAGUGACUUAUCUGGUGUCGUUUAUUCUGCUUCAUAAUAUUGCACUUAUUACAAAGCAUGAUGCUAGCUAUGCCGACAAGCAUGGCAUGAAUCGUCGGUUUGCGCGUGAAGAAAAAGUACGAGAGUAUCAUAUGGGAGCAAACGUUAUCCUCGCACAUUUUCACUAUUGCAACAAGGGGAGAGUACCCUUCUCUGAGGAGUGUGAAGACAAGGAUUUGCGAGCAUUGGCGCAACUAGACGAGGAAAAAAUCCAGUUUGUCCGUGCGACCAGAGCACUUGUCCAGCGACACAAACAAGAGUGGCAGAAAAUUCGCUCCAAUGAAGAAUAUGAGGACGAUUAUUUUUUCGUUAGCCAACUCUUUGACGAGAAAUGGCAGCCAAGUACUACUAAUGUGUAA